UGCUAUGGGAUGGACGAUGAAGAACAGAACCACUAUGUCUCGCUGCUCAGGGACGUCUACAGGAGCUGCGACACCACGGGGACAGGCUUUCUGGACCGGGAGGAGCUGACCCAACUCUGCCUGAAGCUUCACCUGGAAAGGCAGCUGCCCGUCCUCCUGCAAACUCUUCUUGGAAAUGACCACUUUGCCAGGGUUAACUUUGAGGAAUUUAAGGAAGGUUUUGUGGCUGUGUUGUCCUCAGGUGCUGGUGUCUGUGCCUCUGAUGAAGAAAGUCCUUUGUCCUCGGCUGUCUCCUGUGCUGUCCCACCAAAGUACGUGAGCGGCUCUAAGUGGUACGGCCGUCGGAGUGAGCCUGAGCAGUGGGGCUCUGCCACCGAAGCCAUGCACAUGCCAGAGCAGCAGGUGCAGGCCAGCUUGAGAAGCCCGCUCCAGUGCUCCGCAUCCCUGGAAAGCGUGGAGAGUCUGAAGUCAGAUGAGGAAGCCGAGGGUGCUGAAGAGCCUCAGAGGGAGUUAUUCGAAGCACAAGGCCAGCUGCAAUCCUGGGGCUCCGAAGUCUUUGGGAGCCCCUUGAAGUCCUGUAGCUCCUCCUUUGACAGCCCUGAGAGCCAGGUGCGGGGCAUCUGGGAAGCACUGGGUGUUGGCAGCAGCGGCCACCUGAACGAGCAGGAGCUGGCUGUGGUCUGCCAGAGCAUUGGUCUCCAAGGACUUGAGAAAGAGGAACUCAAAGACUUGUUUAACAAACUGGAUCAAGACGGAGAUGGCAGAGUGAGUCUUGAGGAAUUCCAGCUUGGCCUAUUCAGUCAUGAGCCUGCUUCACUUCUGGAACCUUCCACUCUGAUCAAACCAAGCAGGCCUUGGUCUCAUUACCAGGUCCCGGAGGAGAGUGGCUGCCACACCACCACGAACUCAUCCCUCGUGUCCCUGUGCUCAGGCCUGCGCCUCUUCUCCAGCCUCGACGAUGGCACUGGCUUUGCUUUUCCUGAGCAGGUCAUCGCCGUGUGGGCCCAGGAGGGCAUUCAUAGUGGCAGGGAGAUCUUGCAGAGCCUGGACUUCAGUGUGGAUGAGAAGGUGAACCUCCUGGAUCUGACCUGGGCCCUUGACAAUGAGCUCAUGAUGGUUGAUGGUGUCAUCCAGCAGGCGGCCCUGGCCUGCUACCGCCAGGAGCUGAGCUACUGCCAGGGCCACCUGGAGCAGCUGGUGAGAGAGCGAGACAAGGCCAGGCAGGACCUGGAGCAAGCCGAGAAGAGGAACCUAGAGUUUGUGAAAGAGAUGGAUGACUGCCACUCCACCCUGGAGCAGCUCACGGAGAAGAAAAUCAAGCACCUGGAGCAGGGCUACCAGGGCAGGCUGAGCCUCCUGCGGUCGGAGGUGGAGAUGGAGCGAGAGCUGUUCUGGGAGCAGGCCCGCAGGCAGAGGGUGGCGCUGGAGCAGGAUCUGGGCCGUCUGCAGGCUGAGGAAGCUGGCCUCCGCCAGAAGCUGACCCUGGCCCUGAAGGAAAACAGUCGAUUGCAGAAGGAUAUUGUGGAAGUGGUAGAGAAGUUUUCGGAUUCAGAGAAGCUGGUCCUGAGGCUGCAGAAUGAUCUGGAGUUUGUGCUGAAGGACAAGCUAGAGCCACAGAGCUCAGAACUCCUGGCCCAGGAGGAGCGGUUUGCGGCAAUUCUGAAGGAGUACAAGCUCAAGUGCCGGGAUCUGCAGGACCGCAACGACGAGCUGCAAGCUGAGCUGGAAGGCCUGCAGGCACGGCUGCCCAAGAGUCAGCACAUCCCCUCAGGGGGUCCAGGUGGACACGGCCCAGCAGGUGUCAUUUCGUUCAUGGGGGAUUCCUCACCAGUGAGUAUAGCAACGGAGAUAAUGAUGGAGCAGGUGAAGGAGCAUUGCCAAGACCUCAGGAUCCAGCUGGAGACCAAGGUAAAUUACUAUGAGAGGGAAAUCGAGGUAAUGAAAAGAAACUUUGAGAAGGAGAGAAAGGAGAUGGAGCAGACUCACCAGCUUGAGGUUGAUGUCCUGGAGGAUCAGAAAGUGGACCUGGAGAUGCUCCACGCCAAGUCCCAGGAGGUCAUCCGAGGCCUGCAGGAGCAGCUGCGGGACGCUGCCCGCUGCCCCGAGCAGUGCUGCGCCCGGGCGCUCUCGGGCCUGGCCCAGCGGCUGGAGGGGGAGCUGCACCGGCGACAUCAGGACCAGCUGCAGCAGAUCAGAUUUGAAUUUCAUAGGCUUUCUGAAGAAAAUUCUUUGUUGAAAAAUGAUCUGGGAAGGAUUCGACAAGAGCUGGAAGCUGCAGAAAGCACAGAUGAUGCACAGAGGAAGGAAAUUGAGGUUUUAAAGAGAGACAAGGAAAAGGCCUGCUUUGAAAUGGGAGAGUUCAACAUACAGAAUCAGAAAUAUAAGGAUGAGUUGUCCCAGCUCAACCACAGGGUCCUUCAGCUGGGAGGGGAAGCGUCUACCUACCAGGUUCAAAGUGAGAAGAAUCUGGCCACCAUUCAGCUGCUGGCGCAGAGGCUGGAGGGGGCAGGGUGGCGGGGGCCACAGCAGAGUGACCAAAUCCAGAAACUCGACGGUGACCUUGAAUGCAUGAAUCAGGAAUGUCAGAGCCUGAGACUGUCACAGUCAGAACUGAAAGAGACCCUUGAAGAAAGUCAAGCACAGUUGCACAGAGCCACCCUGAGGCUGAGGCUGGCCCAGUCCCAGCACUCACAGGAGGUUCAGUACCUACAGGAGCGGAUGGACCAGCUGGUGCCUCGGCAUCACGUGGCUGAGCUGCGGGAAGAGGCAGGGAGGCACCUGGAAGCACAGCAGGAAGAAUAUGAAAAACAGCUUAAAGGCACAGAAGAGCAGGUAGAAGAGUUGGAAAUGAUCUUGAAGAAUAUGGAAGUGCUCCUACAAGAAAAAGUGGAUGAGCUGAAAGAACAACUUGAAAAGAACACAAAAUCUGACUUACUGCUCAAGGAGCUCUUUGUGGAAAAUGCUCACCUGAUGAAAGCACUUCAGGUCACCGAAGAGAAGCAACGAGGUGCUGAGAAAAACAGCCGCAUCUUGGAAGAAAAAGUUCGAGCUCUCAACAAGCUAAUCAGUAAGAUUGCUUCAGCAUCCCUCUCUGUGUAAAGGUAGCUUAUUUUCCUAGAAUUCAUCUUAAAGGACAUCUUUUAAAAUUAAGCCACUGUGAUGCCAUAAUUUUCUAUGGCUCAUCAGCCACGUAUCCUCACACCCAUGAGGAUUCUCUCUUCACCCCACCAACAUUUAAUGAAUGUCAACUACGUGCCAGAUGCUGGGGAAAUACACAUGUAAAAUUCCCAAUUUUGCUUCUCGCUGGUGAGACAGAUUCUAGGGGCUCUCAGCAAAGAUCUAAAAGACAGUUGUUAAAUAAAACACU